GUGGAAUCCUUUCCAAAAUAGACCGCUUGGCGCCUUGACGCCGAAAUCCCGGUCUUGAGCACUCUCAUUUACUCUUUGGUGAUCAAUCAUUCUCCUUGGACUUUGGGAACUACUACGAAAUUGAAGUUUACAGAACAUUCGACACAGUUAUAUCGCAGACAAAUAUGCCUCUAAAGGGCAUAAAAGUUUUAGAAUUAGCUGGUCUCGCACCAGGCCCAUUUUGUGGGAUGAUAUUAUCUGAAUUCGGUGCAUCAGUAAUUAGAGUGAACAAGCUUAAUGAAUCUUUCACCAAUGAUCCCCUUGGCUGUGGAAAAAGGUCAAUUGCAUUAAAUUUAAAAACCAAUGAUGGUGCUAGCAUAUUUAGAAAUCUAAGUAAUGAAAGUGAUGUACUUAUAGAUCCUUACAGAGCUGGAGUAAUGGAAAAACUAAAUCUGGGACCAAAAGAGCUUCUGAAAACAAAUAGGAAACUGAUAUAUGCUAGGCUAACAGGUUUUGGUCAAACUGGUCCAUAUGCUAGCAUGGCUGGACAUGAUAUAAAUUAUCUUGCACUGUCAGGUUUAUUAUCAUUAUGUGGACGUUAUGAUCAGAAACCAACGCCACCAGUGAAUUUAGCAGCAGAUUUUGGCGGUGGUGGACUAGCGUGUGCCUUUGGUAUAAUGCUGGCAUUGUUUGAACGCAACAAAAGUCAUAUUGGUCAAAUAAUUGAUGCAUCAAUGGUAGAGGGCUCAGCAUACUUAGGUAGCUGGUUAUUUAGAUCCCAAAAUAUACCUGGACUUUGGGGAAAUCCACGUGGCAAAAAUAUAUUAGAUUCUGGAGCACAUUUUUAUGACACUUAUGAAACAAAGGAUAAAGAAUACAUUUCUGUUGGAGCAAUUGAGCCUCAGUUCUAUGAACUGUUUUUAAAUAAACUUGGUAUCUCAUCUGAUGAAAUACCGCAGUUUGAUGAUUUCGAGGGAAGUCGAAAUAGAUUAGAAGAAAUAUUUAAGCAAAAAACUCAGGCAGAAUGGUGUGCCAUUUUUGAUGGCACAGACGCUUGUGUGACGCCCGUUUUAAAGUUGGACAAUGUUGCAUCACAUCCACAUAAUAAAGAGAGAAACACAUUUACGACUGAAAAUAAUGAUUUGGUAAUUCCAAAUCCUGCUCCACGUCUAUCCCGAACGCCUGGAACAUCCAAAUGGCGUGAAACAAAUCCAGAACCAGGUGAACAUACUACAGAGAUUCUCACUGAGUUAAACUAUAGCCCUAAAGAGAUCAGUAAUUUCAUAUCAAACGGAAUUGUUAUUCAGGGAAUGAAGCGUCCUAAUCUUUAAGAAUAAAUAUGUUGUUAAUAUUUUAUCCCUUAGAAACUUGUAAAGUCGUCAAUUUUCUGAGAUACUAAAAACGAUUUAAUGGCAACCACAGCUAUCAAUUACCAUGUUUUUAUAUUUUUUUAACACGAUGUUACUUUCGUCGAGAAAAUAAACUACUGAUAUUGGUGA